AUGGCCGCCGCCGACGCCCAAGCUCCGCCGCCCGAGGAGGACCACUCGCCCGUCCCCGACUACCUCGCCGAUGCCGACGCUGUCCUGAAAGACCAGGGCGUCAAGUGGAGGUACGGCCGCCCUCCGGACUACUCCAAGACGCGCAAGGUCUACGCCGAAACCAAGCAGAUGAACCAUGAGGCCGGGAGCCUCGUCCAGAUGGUUGAGAACCUCGUCAAGAACUGGGAAAUCGAGGCCUCCUUCAAGCCUCGCAUCGAGGACUGGAGGACUGUCGAUGCCCCCAACUACACGUUUGCCAUCAACGGCAACCCACCCCAGAGUGCUGAGCACAUGCUCAAGGUUGGCACUUACAAUGCCAUCAUCUCGCCCAACGAGUACUACAGCCCGGAGAACUCCGACUUUGCCUCCAGCCACAAGACCUUCAAGCGCAUGAUGCCUACAUUCGCCUGGGAGGUGCUUGAAGUCUACUCCGGCCCUCCACAUGUGGCUUUCCGCUGGCGCCACUGGGGCACUAUGAAGAACGAUUACGUCGGCUUCAACGACAAGGGCGAGAAGGUCACUGCCAAGGCUCAUGGCGGGCCCAUCGACAUUCAAGGCGUCACUGUUGCCACUGUCGACGAGAAAGUCAGGCUGCGGCGCGUUGAAACUUGGUUCGACCCUAUGGAAAUGUUCCGCCAGAUUGCACCGCAAGGCAUCGUGAACAAGGAGCCAGUAGCUUGGCGGGUAAGCAGGACCCCGUCACCUGUCACCAACAGGACAGCGACGCCUGAAGCAGCUUUCAAAAAGCCAGAUGAACCUGCCGAAACCGCUCAGCCGGGUCCCGCCCAGCCCAGCGACAGCAUCGCCGUCCAACUAGCUCAAACCGACGUUGCUGCUCAGGGCGAAAGUGCUCCCACCAAGGAUGCCCUUCCUGAGCUGAAUCCUGACACCAAGGAUGCUGAUGCUCGAUCGCAUCAACAGCAAUCUACUUCUGACAAACUUGCCGAUGUUCCGCUUGUUUGCCCCUUUGCAAAUGUUAAUGGCUUUGCUCAGGCCAAUGGCACUCUAUCUGAAUCCAAGGCGGAACACGAGUCUGAACCUAGCGUUCAGACACUGGAGCUUCCUCAGAGAAACAACGUCGAGAAUCCCACCGAAGAUCUGUCAACAGAGUCCACCAGGCUGGUCCAAGCCGCACAAACCCAAGCGACAGAACAACGUCUGCAACCUUCAGUUCCUGUUCAGGAAUCGUCAGAGACGGCAGAGUCCGGACUUGAUCAGCUCCAUGAAUUGGAGCAGUGGCACGAGGCAUCCGACAUUCUCAUCGACACUGCGCCCGGCUGCGAGCCGGAGAAGUUCCACGAUGCUGUAGAUGUCGAGCACGAGACCUCGACAGUAAGCUCGGAAGCGGGUAGCUGGACGGCUGUGACACCCCCUGCUUCCGAUCCUCCAACGCCACGCAAGAGCACAUACUCGUCCAGCAUCACCAGCGGUUCCGAACAGGGGCAGUCCAGCAACCAGACCUCUCCCACAGAGGCUUUCUUCUCACACUACCCCGCACACAAGGUCCAUCCGCACCCGAAGGACAUGGAGAAUGCCGUCAGUCCGGAGCCUGGUGAAGGCGUGGCCGCUGCGCCCGACAGCGAAGAGGUAAGGUUGACGCACAUAGAGAUGAGCAAGAUCACUGCCUUUGAGUGCCCGUUUCUCAUGAACAGGGAGUAA